GAGAGAGUAGCAGUAGGGGAUGGCAUCAAAUGCUGAGGAGAUUCACGCUGCAUUGACUUGUUUCUCUUGCUUCGUUCGUUAGGAUUAGGAAGGAAGUAGCCUGGAGAAGUGGUGUGUUGGCUCGGAAUCUGUGGGAAUGGGAUCUUGCCUCUCCGUCGCGGGGGCACCAUCGGAUGCAUGUGAUGACCGCUUGUGGAGUCCAACAGAAUUGUCGGAUCAUAGGAUUGAAAUGCGGGUUCACAGAGUUCCUGGGAGAUUGUUCUUGAACGGUUCAUCGCAGAUUGCUUCCUUGUACUGCAGAAAAGGCUACGGAGGGAUCAACCAGGAUGCAAUGCUUGUUUGGGAGAACUUCUGUUCGAACGACGGCACCGUUUUAUGCGGUGUCUUCGAUGGCCACGGACCUUAUGGUCAUUUGGUUGCAAAGAAACUCAGGGAUUCCUUUCCUUUAAAGCUCAUGGCUCAGUGGAAUUCCUCAAAUCCUGACAGCACCUACAGUUAUCGCAAUUUCUUUAACACAUCCAUGAACAACGACUUGGAACCUUGUACCAUUGCCCCAACUGAAAUUGCGACGCUCAGACAAUCUUUUAUCAGAGCUUCGAAGAUCAUGGACAGAGACCUCAGAAUUCACAAUCAAAUCGAUUGCUCCUCUAGUGGCUCCACGGCUGUUACCUUGCUCAAGCAGGGCCACGACCUUCUUAUUGCUAAUGUGGGUGACUCCAGAGCUGUAUUGGCUACUCAUGACCGCAAUGGUUCCCUUAUUGCCAUUCAGCUGACCACUGACCUUAAGCCUGAUCUUCCAAGGGAAGCAGAGAGGAUAAGGAUUUGUAAGGGAAGAGUGUUCGCCCUUCAAAAUGAACCGGGGAUUUAUAGAUUAUGGCUUCCCAAUGUUGACUCCCCCGGGCUUGCCAUGUCAAGAUCUUUUGGAGAUUUUUGUCUCAAGGACUUUGGACUCAUCUCUGUUCCUGAUCUCUCUUAUCACCGCCUCAAUCACAGGGAUCAAUUUGUUGUGUUAGCCACAGAUGGGGUAACGCUUACCUCCUUUUUUCUUUUGUCAAACACAAAUAUAUAUGAUCCACAUUCUUGUGUUAUCAUGCACAUACUUUCAAAUCUCUUUAGGUAUGGGAUGUUUUAUCAAACGAAGAAGUUGUGUCCAUUGUGUCGUCUAGUCCACGCUCUUCAGCGGCUCGAAUACUGGUUGACGCAGCUGUUCAGGCAUGGAAAACCAAGCUUCCCACUUCUAAGGUUGAUGAUUGCUCUGUAGUUUGCCUCUUCCUUAAUUCCAUGUCGGAGUUAAAACCAUCGACCCCCAAAAAAGACCCAUCAAAUGUCGUUGAGCAGUAACCACCACUACUUAGAGCAGAACCUUAACGAAAAUGCCCACAGUACAUAUCUUUUAUGUCAACCAUCAUUCUCUUUAUUUAGAAGAAGGACUAUUUGGCUGCAUUCCCUAUUUCAGGAAUACACUCACAUCCUAAGGUUUAACAAAUUUUCAUUUGUCUCUCCCCAAAUAAAUCUCUCUCAAUUUAUAUAACAAAACAAAGUUAUAUACUACCCAUUAACACAUGUCACUUGAUAUUUUUUUAUGCAGUUAUAAGGAUAGAGAGAUGUAGCCAUGUAAAUACAUACGGAACAUAAUUUCAUUAAACCUCGGGUGUGUGUGCAAAAUGACAUAAUUUAUCUUAUAUUUUUACAUGUACAGGGUAAAGGGAUACUACCGUCCUUUUCUUUUUAGCUGGAGAUCUUUUCCUUAUCUGUAUAUCCAAGUCUUUAGAUUAUAUUAUGUAGUUCA